AUGAGUUUUGAGUUUACUAUACCAAUCAAUUUAGAUUGUUUAUUAAGUAAAACUAAUGUCAGUCAGUAUGUUGUUGAAGAAGUUUUACCAUUAAGAAUUAUACCAGGAGCUGUACAAGAUUUUAAAUUUGCUGUGAGAAAUGAUAAUUUUGCUGUUUUGAACCACUUUGAUACUGCUUAUAGCCUCCUGUCUCUACAAAAAGAUUUUGAAGAUGCUAUUAAAGAAGAAAUGUGGGAUAUUCUUCUUCAAGUUGGACAAUGUGUUACAAAUGAAAUAGCUCAUGGUUUAGAAGAUCCAGAAUUAACACCAGACUUCAAAUUACAGUUAUUAAAUACUUUAAAAAUGACCUGUUAUCUCAUCUGUCAGUUUAUAGACAUGUUUGAGGUUGAAGAUACUAAACCUGGUAUACAAAUUAACGGUCGAGGAAAGAGUAAAAAGACAACUGUCAAUAAAUCUGGUAGAGACUGGGAGAAAGAAAAGAAGCGUGGUGUACAAACCUUACUCAAUAUUAUACAACCUAAUCUUAAUAGAUUAUGGGAUCCACCAAUAGCAGAAGAAGAGUUUGUGAAUCUAGUAAGUAACUGUUGCUAUAGACUAUUAGAGAAUCCAGCUAUUGUUAGAACUAAAGAUAUUAGAGAUGUAAUAUCACAAUUAUUAGGAGUUUUAAUCAAGAAAUAUAACCAUAGUUUAGGUGCCAGUUUGAAGAUUAUGCAGUUAUUACAACAUUUUGAACAUUUAGUAGUACCAAUAGUACAGAUACUGGAGAUUUUUGUUAAUCAAUAUCAAGAUAAGAGUAUUAUCAGUGAACUAAUGAGAGAAAUAGGUAGAUUAGAUUCAAGAGACAUUGCUAAAGAUACAUCUGGUACCAGAAUUUUAGCUCAGUUUCUAGUGGAAUUAUCACAUCAACUACCAGCGGCCAUGUUACCUACUAUCAGUGUAUUGAUAGGGCAUUUAGAUGGAGAGUCCUAUACAUUAAGAAAUGGUGUAUUAAGUGUUAUUGGUGAAAUGCUAGUAAAAGUGUUAAGUCAAGAGAAUUUAGAAGACAAGUUAAAAUCAACUAGAGAAUGUUUUCUUGAUAAAUUAGAGGAUCAUAUUCACGAUGUGAAUGCCUUUGUUAGAAGUCGUGUAUUACAGAUAUGGCUACAUAUAGUGAAUGAAAAGUGUUUACCUCUUCCAAGACAAGAAAAUUUAGUAAAUCUAAUAUUAGGAAGGUUACAAGAUAAAUCAUCACAAGUGAGAAAGUAUGCUAUCCAGUUGAUGAUUGCCUUGAUGAAAAACAAUCCUUUUGCUUCAAAGUUGCCAGUAGAAGAAUUACAGGCUAGUUAUGAAAAAGAAAAAGAAAAAUUGAAAGAAAUGACUCCAGAAGAAACCGAUAUUAGUGAUCUAGAAGAAUGUUGGGAGGCAGUAGAGAAGAAAUUAAGAGACCAUGUUUUUAACCAUGAUGAAGAUGAAGCAGAGACACCAGAAGAGGAACCAUCUACAUGUACUGAAAACACUCAAGAGGAACUCAAUGCAGAGAAGCUAUGUUUAUAUAAAAUUUUAAUUAUGGUGUUCAGAGAAAAAGAUCUGAACAGUGAAGAAGAGUUAGAAGAAGAGAGUGAAAGAGAACUUGAGAUAGAAAAUGAAGGAAUAAUAAGUUGUUUAAAAGAUAUAUAUUUGGUACAAAAGAAAUCAGAAGUAUUAUCAUCUGAUCCUGCCAGUCAACCAGAUACAUCAGUUCUAAAUGAUAUCACCAAACAACAAGUACUAGUACAAUAUUUAAAGGAUUCAACAACAUUUGCUGAUCAUAUACAACAAGCUGUACCUAUCAUUUGUCAGCUGCUGGGGUCUAAAACUACCAGUGAUGUAUUUGAAGCUAUUGAGUUUUUUGUCACAGGAUUUGAGUUUGGUGUAACAGCCACUAUGCUGGGGAUAAGAAGAAUGUUGGUAUUGAUAUGGUCUAGUGAAGAAACAAUAAAAGAAUCAGUAGUAAAUGCCUACAAAAGAUUGUAUUUAAAUCCAAAUGCUGGUGGUAAUCAAAGAACUGUAGCUCUGGCUAUAGUGAAGAAUUUAUCAGCUUUAUUACAAGGUGCUAGUUUAGGUGAUAUAACAUCUUUUGAUGCCUUGAUACAACAAUUUGUAAAGAGUGAUGAUAUAGGACAGACUGUUAUACAAGUUUUGUGGGAGAAAUUUAUACCUAAAAUACCUAAUACUACAAUAGAGGAGAGUAGAGCUGCUUUAUUAUUACUGUCUAUGAUAGCUGGAGCUAAACCUGAGAUAGUCAAGAGUAAUAUAGAUGUAUUAGUUAAUGAAGGAUUGGGUAUGAGAGCUGAAACUGAUAUGUUAUUAGCUCAAAUAACAUGUAGAACUUUACUCAAACUAGCUGCUGGCAAAAAGACUAAAGGUGAAGUAGCAGCAGAACCAUUCAAAUUUUCAGAAAGUCAUGAAAUGUUCCAAAGACUUUCAUUUUUAUUGGUACAUUGUAAGAAUACAGAAACAAAGGUCUGGGUACCAUUUGCUGAACAAGCUAUUAAUGUAAUAUAUAAACUGAGUGAACAGCCUGAUAUUAUAGCUGGCGAAAUAAUUAAAAAUAUAGCUAAGGAGGUAGUGAAAUCUUAUCAGUCGAUUGAUAUUGAUCAACCUAUAUCAACAGUUUCAACAUUAGUAUUAACUCGCUUAUUGUCAGUGAGUGGCCAUGUUGCUUUACGCCACUUAGUACAUCUAGAUAGUAAUGUAUUUGGUGAAAUGAAAAGAAGAAGAGCUAUACAAGAAGAAAAGAAAGAAAAAGAACAAGCUAAUAAAAAAUCUACAAGAAUAUCUGAGAAUAUAGAAGAUGAACUAGGACUAGCUGGUGCUGCAGCUGAAGAUGCUGAAGCUGAAUAUAUACGUAGAAUCUGUGAAACAGAUAUUGUUACAGGAGAGAAUUUAUUAAGUACGUUACAUCCGUUGAUAGUAGCUGUUUGUACUGAUUCAACUAAAUACCCUGACACACAACUUCGUACUGCAGCUACAUUAGCUUUAGCUAAGUUUACUAUGGUUAGUUCUGAGUUUUGCGAUGCUCAUCUACAGUUAUUAUUUACCAUCUUAGAGAAAUCUCCUAACCCCGCCAUCAGAGCUAAUACUAUUAUAGCACUGGGAGAUCUUAGUUUUAGAUUCCCUAAUCUAAUAGAACCUUGGACACCUCAUCUUUAUGGCAGGUUAAGAGAUGAAUCUGCUCAAGUGAGAAAGAAUACAUUACAAGUAUUAACUCAUCUGAUAUUAAAUGAUAUGGUCAAGGUUAAAGGUCAGAUCAGUGAAUUAG